GUCUCAAUGCCCUUUUCAGGCAGCUUUCAUUUGUUGUUAAUGUUUUACGAAAAGCAAUUUUUGCUAAUCUUUCAUUCCCUUGGAAAUAAUUGUUAAAUUGUCUGUGCUCUGGGAAUAUGCCUUUGCACCUGUGUAUUUUGUACUACUUUCCUGAAGGGUCGAACAAAAGAAGUAAACUGUACAAAAGCUCAAAGAGAUAGUUUGGUACGAAAUGUAAGACAUUCUUAUUUCGACUCUUCCGAUGACCAGGCUUGAACGAUAUACAGUUGAUAGAUAUUACAAAGUAUUCGGUUCAGAAAAUUCAGCAAAAAGUCCGUUGAUACUAUUAAUACAUGGUGCUGGAGGUGACUCACAACAUUUCAACACUGUCAUCCCUAACCUGGUUAGUAAUGGAUAUAGGGUGCUCGUUCUCGAUGUUAGAUUUCAUGGGGCAUCGCAAUUAUUGAACGGAUCUUUAGAUUCAGACACAAUCACAUUCUCAUUUGACGAUGUACUUUCUGAUAUUGAGUUGACCCUAGAAGAAGUAAAACGAGUCCAUUACCCAGAGGAAAAAUAUGUGCACCUGUUUAUUGGAGGAUUAUCGAUGGGAGGCAUGGUAUCGUUGCUCUAUGCUACGGACUCCUGUCUAAACAAAAGACUUGCUGGUAAUUUGGGGAUAGUUCUCGAGGGUAUUAUAUUGAUUGCGGCAGGUAUACCACAUAUGCAUAUUCCUCGUAUUGGUUGGGAUAUAUAUUCGGAGCGCAAGGCUACUGCAGAAUACUUAGAAUGGACAAGGUCUGCUAUCAUUCAAUCAGCCCUAACCGAAUAUGGUCAGAAAGAAACAACGAGAGCAAUGAAAUUGAUUUCUGAUCACAAUCUUUUUGAAUGUAUGGUUGCUAUUGCCACACUCCUUCCUUCGCCUUCCUCCGCUCAACCAAAUUCUUACGAACUGAAAACAAAAAAACCUAUGCUAUUGCUGAUACCCGACAAAGAUCCAUACAUACGACCUGAAAUGGAGUUGCUCCAUCAAAUCAAUUUGGAAAAUGGUGUCAAUAGUGAAUUGGUCACUGUAUAUGAUUCCGGGCACAUGGCUAUUUUGGACAAAGGAGAGGAAGUUGGUACCUUAAUCCUAAACUUUUGUAAUAAAGUGCGUGCGAACCGUUUGAAAACGCAGGAUGAUUAGAGUAAUUGUUAUAUAACUUUUUGUAAAAUGAUGCCGAAUAUUUAAUAAAACUACUUUCAAUGCUAACCGCCAAACGUAAGGAAGACAGGCACGCUGAUGCCAUUACAUGAUUUACUUUGAUUAUGCUACUCAUCCUGAGUGGUGUAAUAGAUACAUAGUGUAAUAUAAUUUCCUCUAUGUCAACAAGUGGAGUAAAUGUGCUCGAAACACACAUGCAAUGGGUAUGACCAAGCUUUUACCCCUUCUUGAUUCAGGGGAUUUUUCAUUUCAAAGUACAG